CCUUCAAUUCUCUACCCUGCCUGUGAAAGCUAUGGACAAAAUGAUGCCUUCUGAAGAAGAAGUUUUGCUCUUAUGCAAGAAAUACGACAAGAUGAAACCAACCGUUCACGAUGUCAUGAAAGACGCGGAGAAUCUCAACAAAAACUUUUCGUCCGCUGGCGUUUCUUUGAUCCUAGAGUGUAGAUUGCUAACAGCAGUUGCAAAUCAUCCUUGUUUUCUUCCCGAAAAUCCUCUUAAUGCUGAAGUACAAGUGAAUUCACUGCUCCCGUACCUGUCCUCCUCCUGCUCUUGGGUUCGAUCCAUGGCUUGCAGCCUUAUGAGAGUUUUUGCUUCGCGAUUGGAUCCCAAAGGUCAGCACAUAGAAACACAAGUUGUUAUAGUUUGCAAAAAUCUUCAGACAACUUAUGAGGAAUCUUUUGCGGUUAAGGAUACAAGGUUUCAUCUUUGUCAAGUUAUAGCCUGUUCAUCACUUUGCUACAUCACAAUUUCCUGGGCAGCUCUCCUUCCCCUCAGUGCUAUAAAGUUUGUUCUCUUAACUUUGCAAACUGUUCUGAGCAUUCUGAACAAUCCAGGAGAGUGUACAAGUUCAUUUCUUUAUCAGGUAGCUCUGGAUGGUCUUGGGAAGCUACUCAAGUGUCCUGCAACAUGGAAUGUUUUAUCAAUGUUAGAGAAACAAGAUACACUGACAAAAUAUAUGGGAAUAUUUCUUGAAAAGGAAAGAUCUACUGAUGAUGUCAAUAUAACUGCUCGGAUGCUGGAGGUUAUUGACGAUGCUGAUGUCCUUCAUGCCAUCCUGAAUUUACCAGAUAAACAUGUCGUUGGAAAAUUGGCCAAGUAUUUACUGGACCUCUUACCUCCCAUCACUUCAUCAGCUGAAGCCCCACUCUUAGACCUCAGAUGGAAGUCCCUGAGUAUCAUUUACACAUUGCUUCAGCUGGCUAAAACUAAGGAACUCUCUCAACUGGAUGUUUUAUUUGACAGAGGGUGUUGUGAUACUGAAAAAGUUAACAGACUUUACACUGUAGUAAAAAGGAAAUUUCAGUUUGACUAA